ACCUGUACAGCAGGUGACUUUUUCAGAGAUCUAAAUCAAACAGAUUGCAGAAUCUAAAAGCUCUUUACAGUAUCUUUACACUUACAAAAAUGCUUAACUUUAAAAACGUAAAGUUUUGGAGGAAGAAAAAAACAGUCAGGAAUAAAGAUGAGCAGUAUCGUCUAGUGAAAGGCAUGCCAACGGAUGACACAGAGACCACGGAUGCAGCAGAACAGGAAAGCACAGUCGACUCUGCGAUGCCAUCCUGUUCAUGUGUUGAAGUGAGUGGGGAGACAGGGCUUCAUAUUGUCAGAACAAUUCUGAAUGAUGAAUUAAACCCAGCAGCAAUGCCGAAAAACUUUUCUCAAGAAUUGCGCCAUAAGUACCUUGAAGAAAUAGAUCAGUUUGUGGAAAAUCACUUUCCCAAGCUGCCAGCAGAGGGACCACAAACAUCUCAAUUAGAGCAAAUAAAAGACUUUCAAAAGAGAACACAGAGCAUGAUAUAUGAUGAGGUGCUUAGAUUAACCCCUGCACUGAAAGAUGCUGGGCUGCUAGAUCAUCUGAAGGACUGCUACAGCCGUCACAUCUUCACCAACCUGGACCUGCUGCUAAACAGAGAUCUGUCUGUAAAAGAGAUCUUCUGCCUUCUACUGUGGGGAAAAUGUUUGUACUUCAGUCCAGACCCAAAACUGACAUUGUACGAUCCUCUGCUGUUGACGGGAGUGUUUGCGAAAGCAAACCAAAAACUACUGCAAGUACUUAAGAACGAUAUCUCCACGUAUCUACAGAACAUCCUGUACUAUGAUAAGGAACAUGGACAUAAUGAGGACUCAAUGGAUGAAGAAACUUUCAUCAGAGUUCACUUAGAUGUCAUUCAGGUCCUAAAUAAUGCUAUUUUAGAUGCUCAAGAGGUUGGUCUGACUUUGAUGCAUGCCAUACAAAUACUCUGUAGUGAGGAGCUGCAUGGUUUUGUUCAGAAGUAUGCGGAUGCUGAGAAUGAAUGUCUAAAUAAACUAAAGUUUACAGAGAAAAACUCUCUGCUUCUGUUUCGGAUAAUGAACACCUGUAUGCAACUCAGAUGCUAUGCUACACAAAUCAGUCCAGAUGUUAACAACAGUGACCAUGACUCAAGCACUAUAUGCAUACUACAGACACUGGAAGAUAAAGCUUCAUCCAUUGUACAGAAGAUCAUGAACUGCUUAGCACUGGCCUAUUUAGAAAGAUAUUUCAAGAAAAGGAAUAGGCAUAUUGAUAUCCUAAUGGAGGCAAUUAAAAAGCAGUUUUCAUCUCUGCCUGAGUCGGCCUCAGAGAUCAAAACGGUCAUUGUGAAAAUAGCUUAUGACAGUGUUUCCAAAGUGUACCUGAAAUGCCUGAUGAAGACAAAGUUCAGAAACCUGGAGCAGUGUUGGGGAAAUGCUGAGGAAAAGAUAAAAGAGGAUGUUCAAUAUUUUCAAGACACUUUCUCUGAACUGAAUGUCAUUGCUGACCAGCAGAACCAUCUGCUUCAGAGACUCAGUGAAGUUUUGCUUUACAGUGAUGUUGAAGCACUGAAGAUUACCUGUUGUUUUUUGUUCAGAGAUUUCCCGCAGGAGAGUGAGCAGUAUGUACCUGGUCUGCUGCGCUGGAAGGGGGAUUUAUCGGAGCGACAGGUGAGGGAAGUGCUGGAUGUGAGCCGGGAACUUGGCCUGUAUCAAAAUGAUACACAUGUCAACUGUUGUCCUAUGAAGGGACUUUUUUCACAUUAAAUACAAAGACUGCCUUUAAUAAUGGGAACUGCAGAAGCACAGUGGUUUACUGCCUCUGAACCAAACAGAAAUAAAUGCAGGCCUAUCAAGAUGAUUGACUUAAUGUGAAAUGGGCCAAAAUGUUUCCAAGCAAAC